AUGCCCAGUCCUUCCCAAGACAACCAACAGUGCCUCCAGAAACAUUUCUCCAGGCCAUCUAUGUGGAAGCAAUUUCUGCCCCUGCCUAGGGCUGAGGGAUAUAAUGCAAAUAUUCACCAGACCAUGGAAAAUGAAGGAAGCCCCGAGGCUGUGCGUGACGUCAAGCCCGUGGGAUCCGAGCGGACGGAGGUGCGGAAACGGCAGAUGCCCGCGGCCCAGGAGACCACCGGCCCCGCGCCGGGCCAGCACGGAGCGGGGAGCCGCGGCUCCAACGCCUGCUGCUUCUGCUGGUGCUGCUGCUGUAGCUGUUCCUGUCUUACUGUUAGAAACCAAGAAGAACAGAGACCCAGGAGGGCCUCCCAUGAGCUCAGACGAGAAGACCUUCCAACCUGUGAAGAAAGCCCAAGCCCCACUCUGGAAGAAGUCAGCGCCUGGGCUCAGUCGUUCGACAAGGUAAUGCUUACCCCGGCGGGAAGGAAUGCCUUCCGGGAGUUCCUCCGAACAGAAUUCAGUGAAGAAAAUAUGCUUUUCUGGAUGGCGUGUGAGGAGCUGAAAAAGGAAGCUAAUAAGACCGUUAUCGAAGAGAAAGCAAGGACAAUCUACGAAGACUACAUUUCCAUUCUUUCUCCGAAAGAGGUCAGCUUGGACUCCCGCGUAAGAGAAGUCAUCAACAGGAACAUGGGAGAGCCCUCCCAACACAUAUUCGAUGACGCCCAACUUCAGAUCUACACCUUAAUGCACAGAGACUCGUAUCCCCGGUUCAUGAACUCUGCCCUCUAUAAAGAUUUGCUUCAGUCCUUAUCGGAGAAAUCAGUCGAAGCAUAG